AUGGCCAACUUGUACAAGCGCCAUCAACUCAUGGACAUGCGCCCCAUCACUGCCAAACCACGUCCGUUCGAACGUGACUUGGUUAACUCUCUCGUCCAGAAUGGACUCGUGGACAUUGUUCGUCUUCGUCGGCUUCCCAUCCUCGCUCAACCGGCGGGUGGCGAGCGGCACAGCAAGAAUGGCGCGCAGUGGACCAACGCGUAUGAAACCUCUAGCAACUUUCCCAACGGAUUCGAGUCCAUGACCCACAGUUCAAAGAAUGGUUCGGACAAACGCUUUCCAAUCAACGGAAACAGUCACGGGGCAGUCCAUCGUUCUUCCCACGUUGAGGCCUCUGUCGGGUCAGAGGAGCCCAUCCGUCAACAGCUUGACGGCCAGGACCAUGAAUGGAAGCUCGAACACCGACUAGUUCCUGAUCCUAGACCCAUUCCUGCCCCUGUUGAUAUGGAUUCGCAAAGUAACGAAGGUUUCAAGAGAUUCUACAAGGCAGUCGUUUCACCGACCCAUGUACGCGUUACCGCUGGUGGUCGCAUCGUACCAAACCCUCGGGGCUCGUCGUCUCCUGCUGGAAGAGCCAACGACAGGCCGGGCGGUGAUACUCCGAGUUUCACUGUUCCUCACGCAGGUUCUCAGGUUCCUUCUACCAACGUUGGUACUGCUGGCGGAUCUUCUCAGGCAAACCAAGGCUCCGUCCCGGCUGGCUUUCCCGACAUGAUGACGGCUUCCCUGCCUAUGGGAGGUUUACCAAUGAUGUCGUUCCCAUUCGGCUACUCCAUGCCACAAAUGCCAGUGGCACCUGCGAGCAUGGUGUCUCAGGGCACCAAGAAGAACAGCGACAUCAAGACGGACAAGGGAUCCGCUAAACCUGAGAAGUCGACUCCUGCGGCUUCCGCUGUAAUGCCUGGACCAAACCCCAGCCCAUUUUAUGCGGCCUCGGCUCAACCCUUCCUGUCCGGCAUGCCGCUCUCAAUGCCCAUGCCUAUGAUGGCCCCGCACUCUGGGAUCACUGCUUUCUCGACAGGUGGCAUGGCACCAAUGAUGCCUCAGAUGCCGUUCACACCCGUGUUUGGUCCGAUGCAAUGGCAGGGCGGCCAGUUGCCUCAUCAUGUGCCUAUGCCGAUGCAGGUCCCGAUGCCCAUGAAUAUGUCCAUGGCCGUGCCUAGCAUGCAGGGCAUGCCUUUUCCUGGCAAUAACCCUGCGGCUAAUGGACAGCCUCCUCAUGCGCCUUAA